GCCAACGGAGGUGAGGGAAUAAAAAGCCAGCGAACGGCCGCGUUUUCCUCCCACCUUCCUCUCCUCCUCCCCUCUCCUCCGCCCUUCCGUUUCUUCCUCGCAAUUCGCUGCUGCGCUCCAUCCAUCGAUCUGUCGGGGAGAUGGCGUCGGAGAAGCACUUCAAGUACGUCAUCCUCGGCGGCGGCGUCGCGGCGGGAUACGCCGCGAGGGAGUUCGGCAAGCAGGGCGUCCAGCCCGGGGAGCUCGCCAUCAUCUCCAAGGAGUCCGUGGCUCCGUAUGAGCGCCCUGCGCUCAGCAAGGGCUACCUCUUUCCCCAGAAUGCCGCCAGGCUUCCAGGAUUCCACACCUGCGUCGGGGGCGGCGGGGAGAAGCUCUUGCCCGAAUGGUACACGGAAAAAGGCAUUGAGCUGAUCCUGAGCACCGAAAUUGUCAAGGCUGAUCUUGCCUCCAAGACAUUGACCAGUGCAGCUGGAGCAACCUUCACCUAUGAGACCUUGCUCAUUGCCACUGGCUCCUCGACCAUAAAGCUCAUUGACUUUGGCGUUCAAGGAGCAGAAUCAAACAACAUAUUGUAUCUAAGGGAAAUUGAUGACGCCGACAAGUUGGUCGCAGCUAUGCAAGCAAAGAAGGAUGGGAAGGCCGUCGUUGUUGGAGGUGGCUACAUAGGACUUGAGCUCAGCGCAGCACUGAAGAUCAACAAUUUCGAUGUCACUAUGGUGUACCCAGAGCCGUGGUGCAUGCCCCGUCUCUUCACUGCCGGCAUUGCUCAUUUCUACGAGGGUUACUACGCUAGCAAAGGAAUCAAUAUCGUGAAGGGUACUGUGGCCAGUGGUUUUGAUGCUGAUGCCAAUGGAGAUGUUAGUGUGGUGAAGCUGAAGGAUGGAAGAGUACUGGAUGCGGACAUUGUCAUCGUCGGAGUCGGUGGCAGGCCGCUGACAGGCCUCUUCAAAGGCCAAGUUGAAGAGGAGAAGGGUGGACUCAAGACUGACACAUUCUUCGAAACAAGCGUCGCUGGUGUAUAUGCCAUCGGUGAUGUGGCGACUUUCCCCAUGAAGCUGUACGACGAGCUGAGGAGAGUGGAGCACGUCGACCAUGCUCGGAAAUCAGCCGAGCAGGCAGUAAAGGCGAUCAAGGCCAAGGAGUCCGGCGAGUCCGUGGCGGAGUACGACUACCUGCCCUACUUCUACUCGAGGUCGUUCGACGUCGCGUGGCAGUUCUACGGCGACAACGUUGGCGAGACGGUGCUGUUCGGGGACAACGACCCAGCGGCGGCUAAGCCCAAGUUCGGCACCUACUGGGUCAAGGACGGCAAGGUCAUCGGUGUGUUCCUAGAGGGUGGCUCCGCCGACGAGAAUCAGGCCAUCGCCAAGGUCGCCAGGGCCCAGCCGCCGGUGGCCGACGUGGAGGCGCUCGGCAAGGAAGGCCUUGAUUUCGCCACCAAGAUCUGAAGAUUCCUCUUAUCUAUUCUACGCGUGUAAAUUUUGUGUUUGUCCCUCCCCUGCCGAUGCUUCCUAGUUCCUAGUUCAGAAGUGUGAUUCGAUUUUUCAUUGGAGUUUGAUGGUGUUGCUGUGACCACUAUGGCAGAAUCCGAAUAAAUUUAGUAGCAUCUCUGGUUCUA